UCCUUUUGUUGAUACUCAUAAGUAAAACACGAUUAAUAUGUGAAAGCCGUUUAACAUUCUAUAGAGGCAUAAAGCCAUUCAUUUUCUCCUUCUGAGCCGACUUUUUGUCCGGUCGUUUCUGAGUCGAGAAGGUGGCAAACUCACAACUAGCAAGUAUAGCAACCUACUAGGAAAACGCGACAACUAAGCUGUAAUACUCAGCAGUCAGCACUGAUGCAAAGCACCUAGAGAAGCUAGAGGUAGGAGAAGAAGUACAACUAAAAACUCCCUCCAAUUUCCCAACUCUUUUCCCAAAAUCCUCAAGUUAAUUUCAUACAAAAAUGGUAAUAAAGGAUCAAAGAGAAAGAGUUAGAAAAGGAGGAGAUAGAAAUUCAUUCCUCUUAUUUGCCUUAAACUGUGCAACAAAACUCAAACUCAUCCUCAUUGCUCUCCUCCUAAUCCUCUUUUGCAUCUGCGCUAUUUUCCUACAAUUUCUCCCCACUUAUUUCCCUCCCUUUUCUUGCCUCACCACCACCACCACUUCCACACCACCAAAUCAUCAACAACAACAACAACCUGACACACAUGAUCAGAUCCUCGAAAACGGCGUACUAAAGCGAAGCUUCAACCCCUUCGGAAACGCCGCUUACAGUUUCAUCUUAAUGUCAGCUUACCGCGGCGGUCCCAACACAUUCGCUAUUAUCGGGCUAUCAUCGAAACCCCUACAGGUCUUCGGCCACAGCUCUUACUCUUGCGAAUAUCGGUCUGGACCAAAAAACUCAAACAUUAUUAAUAAUAAUUCCGUAGUAGUCAAAGCACAUAAAAUCCUCCCAGACUGGGGAUUCGGCAGAGUCUACACUGUCGUAGUUAUCAACUGCACAUUCCCAUAUCACACCACCGACGACCCUUCUACAGGAGGCCGUCUCCUCCUCCACGCCUCCUCAGCCACUGCUAACUCAAUCGAUACAAUGGUCGCCUUAAAUGAACCCCCAAACUCAUGGGACUUACUUUAUUUUCUCUCUCCUCCAAAGUACGACUACCUCUACUGUGGGUCCCCACUGUACGGCAACCUCAGCCCUCAGAGGAUGCGUGAGUGGAUUGCUUACCAUGUUAGUUUGUUCGGGAAAAAGUCCCACUUCGUGAUUCAUGAUUCUGGUGGGAUCCACCCUGAAGUAAUGGAGGUGUUGAAGCCAUGGAUGGAGCUUGGGUAUGUAACCUUACAAGAUGUGAAGGAACAAGAAAGAUUUGAUGGGUAUUAUCAUAAUCAAUUCCUUAUUGUUAAUGAUUGUUUGCAUCGGUAUCGUUUCGAUACUAGAUGGAUGUUCUUCUUUGAUGUGGAUGAGUAUAUCUAUGUGCCUUCAAAGUUUUCUCUUAGAUCUGUGGUUGAUUCACUUGGGGAUUUUACUCAGUUUACUAUUGAGCAGAUUCCCAUUUCUAAUCAGCUUUGUCUUACUCAAGACGCCGGCAAAACUUCCAAAAAAUGGGUAAUGGAGAAGCUUGUAUACAGAAACGUAAAGAAAGUAAUAAGGAGGGACCGCAAGUACGCAGUACAACCAAGAAAUGUAUUUGCCACAGGAGUUCACUUGUCUAAGAACUUCCAAGGUGAAUCUGCACAUAAAACUGAGAAGUUUAUCAAGUACUUCCACUACCAUGGUACAAUCGCCACACGCCGCGAUACAUGCAAAGACUUCAUAAAUGACACUUCUGUAACACUUGGAGACACUCCUUAUGUUCGGGACACUAGUAUGAGGUCCAUCGCCGCGUUCGUCAAGAGGUUUGAGCUUCACACCAUUGGAUCUAAGCUUCAGUUUACAAAGCAAUAACCAGAUGCAAUAUAACUCUAAUGAGUUAGUUCAUGAUCGUAAGGGCCAAGGGGUGUUUUUGGUAUCCUUGCCACAAACAAAAGAUUGUUUGAGGGCAAUUUUGAAAUUGCCGCAACAAGUUUAUAACAGUGAUGAUAUAUAUAAUAUUUUAAUUUGUUAAUCACUGUUAUAAACUUGUUACGUGUUUGAUUAAAGAAUUUCAACGAUGUUUACGAUAAAAAGUUGUUCGGUUGAAUAAGAGAAGUAAAACUUUUUUUCAACCAAACAACUUCAAGUAUUCUACUUUUUUUCAUAUCUUUUCUAGAACUACACAAACACUUAAAGGGUAAAACUACUCAAUUUAUUGGAAUCUGAAAGGUGACCAAUAUGACACAAGUCGACAGAAACAUCAAGCAAAGCUUGGCAUCUGAAAGCACAUUAUAGGAUUCGUUUAUUUUUGAAAAAUAAAUUGUAAUUGCACAUGCUGCUUCAUCUUUAGUUCUCUUCUCUCUCAUUCUUUCAGUAGUCAGAACUGUAUCAGUAUAAUCUUUUCUUUUUCAUUUUUUAUGAUAGUUUAUACGGAGAGGAUUGUGUCAUAACUCAUAUGUGGUGUUCUUCUGACUUCUUUGUGCAUAUUAUUCUCCUUUUUGAUAGAAUUUUUUGCUUCCAAUAAUUAAGAUUCCAUGAGCUGGAUACUGGAAGUCUGCAA